CUCAGUGAGGGUUAUAUAUAGCUGAGAUGCUCUUGAAUCAUCUUCUUGUAUCUUACUUUUAUUGUUUUUUCAUUUAUGAAUUAUUAUUGAUUGAUGCUAGAACUUUUUCAAUGCUGCAGGAUUAUAUUAAAGAAAGUGAUAACUUGGUGUCCCUUCAUGAUCAAAUUCAUGAUGACGAUGCCAUUUUGUCACAGAUGGAGACUCUUCUCAGCGGUUUUCAGUCUGAGAUUGGUUCUAUAAAUUCAGACAUAAAAAUACUCCAGGAGAAGUCAAUGGAUAUGGGUCUGAAGCUGAAGAAUCGCAAGGUAUGGUUUCUAUUGGGGAAGUUUUGUAUCCCAGAAAAUUCUGCUGUUAUCUUAAUCUUAAUGGAGGCUGUGAUGGUUGUCAGGGAGCGACAUCCAGUUCUGUUAUGA